GUGAGAAUGGUUGUGUUUCUUGGCUGGACUCUGCUCUCUGUGUGCCUGCUGGUUUCUGCCUCGCAAGACCAGAAAAACAUCACAGCUGAGUCUGGACAGAACGUCACUCUGACAUGUCGAGCUCCAAACAACAUCAGGACUGUGGAGUGGAGCAGAGCUGACCUGGGAGAGAAAUAUGUUUUUUUGUAUCGGGAUGGGAGGAAAACGACAGUGAACCAGCAUCCAUCUUUUAAGGACCGGGUGGAUCUACAGGACAAACAGAUGAAGGAUGGAGACGUGUCUUUGAUUCUGAACAAUGUGACGAUUAAUGACACUGGAACAUACAAGUGUCGUGUCGUUGAGACAGGAACACUUGGUUUGAAGCCCAUCAGCAUCAUCAGCCUGAGUGUUGUUGAUCCUCCAGGUCAGACAAGAGGACCAAAGAAGGAUGAACCUGUUGGACUGAAAGUUGGUCUGUUAGUUUCUGGCGUCCUCAUUGUUGCUGCUUUUGCUGGGUUUGUGAUCUACAGAAGGCAUAAAGGAGAAAACAGUCAGGGUUCACACUAACCUCCUGAUGAUCUGCAGCACAUUUAAGUAUCUCAGACCUCUGAACAGCUAAACUUUGAGUCUCCUGCUGCUUUCCCAACUUCCAAGUGAUGUCAGUGAACAGGGGGACAGACACCAGGGACCUCACAAAGAAAUUAAUUAUGAAGUGUCACCAUAAAAUGUUAUUCUGUCUUAUCUCUGUGUAUGGAGAUGAUGGAAAGUCUUUGUGAGGAAUGCAGAGUAAAGAAAAUCUAAGAGAAAACAGAGAAUUCUGCUGAUUCAACAGUUAUUGUCUAAUUUUGCUGCAUCCAGCUUACACAGUAAAAUUAGACUUGCCGUUGUUCAUAACUUCCAAUUUUAACAAAAUCGUAGUGCUUCUGUUUAUUACUAAUGUUAUGGCUGCAGAUUAGUGUCUCAAACUUUAACUUAGCACUUUAUCAGGCUUUAACACAGCCUGAUAAAGGAUACGUGGAAAUUGCUUUAGUUUGUCAGUAGAUCAAGUGUGAAGUGAAAUUAAUUUGACUGAUUCAACGGUCAUUCUUGGAGGUUGUUCAGCAGCUUAAAUGUGACCUAAAAGGAGACCAGAAUAAAUUGUAAAAACAUUUAUACAUACAUGCACAUAUACAGUACAUGCACACUCCUGUGAUAAUGUGAUUGUCAGUUUUCACUGCUGUAACCUUCGAGCUGGGCUCGAUUUAUGCUUGCACAUGUUAAAUGUAUUCCCACAUGAAUCUAUGUUGGCCUUCAGCAAAUGUUACCAUGUUGAGUAAGGUAAAAUCAGAGCUGCUUUCCUGAUACUUUAAACUGUGACUGUAAGCUUGACACAACUUGCCAAGUCAUUAAUCCCACUUUUGAACUUUAUUCAUUGCCAUUGUACAGUUGCCUGCACAGAGGAAUUAGCUAGCAAGACCUCAAAGGUGAAGAAAAAAAACAAUAUCCAAACAUAAUAUAAUAAAUAAGGGAUGAUAAUGGUAAAACAAGAGAUUGAGGAAGUUUCAGUGGAAACAAAUCCAGGAAGUUUGAAACAGGUGUUGGGAUGAAAUUCAUGUAAUCACAUAUUUGCCGUGUGUGGUUUGGCACUGCCACUGCAUUUACUUUUACACGAGUAUGAAUAAACUCAUGAGGAACAAAAUACUGUCACAAGUGCAACCUGAUUAAGAACUGAUGAACAACUGCUGCAGUGUAAUCCUGUAACCUGUCUCUGUCAUUGUUUCUAUUAACAUGUGAGAAUGAUCAGUGAAAAUGUUUGUUUGCAACUUACAUGUGAAAAUCAUCAUCACAGCGUUUCUGGUUUUCAGCUUUGUGUAUUUUUGAAUGUCAACCAGUCGCUUCAUCGUGACACUUCUUUUUUAUCUCUGCUACAAAAAUCAAGUAUACAAUCAGGCUUCAUGUCCGUUUUCACACAGAAUAAAGUCCUGAAGUAUU